CCCCUCAGGAACCUGGCCUUCAAGCCACACACCAUGCAGCACUCCUUUCUGCCCACGAUGCCCGAGGACAUCGUGGCUCAGGCAAGGACCUGGGAGGAAAUACGUGAUCUGCGCUGGUAUGAAUGUGCCAAUGGCCACCCCUGCACUGUGGGAGAGUGUGGGCGCCCCAUGGAAAAGAGCCGCUGUCCCGAAUGCCACGUCCCCAUUGGAGGCAGAAACCACAAGCCCGUGGAGGGCUUCCGUCUGUCCAGGAAUCGUCCAGACAGAACUCAAACUGGCCACAUCCUUGCAGAUAUUGAGCACAGAAGGACACUGGGAAUAUCUGACAGGGGCAUGUCCUCCACGGUCUUUGUGCUGCUCCGUUUGCUCACUCACCUGUCCAUGCUGCUGGGAGCCUCCAGAGACCCUCAGUCGCUGGGAAGGAUGAUCAAGCCAACAGUGAAUGAUGUGAUGAGUUUCCUGAAGCAGCAUAUUCAGGAGGACUUGGCACAGCUGACCAGGAGUUUGGGGAAGAGUGUGGAUGACACUAUCAACAUACUGCACCUGGUGCUCAGCAGCUUCCUGCAGGCACCCCAGCAGCAGCAAGACCAUG